AAAAAGCAUUUCUUCUUUGUGUUGAGAGAGAAAAAAAGGAGAAAAAAAAAAAAAUUAUCAUUAUUGUCUCCCAAAACACAAACUGCUAAAGAAACAAACAAAGUGUGUGUGUGGUGUGUGUGAGAUUGAGAAGUAAUUAAAUUAAGAUGGAGAGUUAUUACUACACAAAUGAGCAGCAAGCUUUCAUGGAGGAGCUUAUGGGCUUCAGAGACAUGGAAAAUUUCUACGCCAAUCAAGCUUACUUUAACGCCAUUAAUAAUGGCGGAUCUCUCACCCUCGACUCAAUCUACAACAACACCACCACCAAUUUUGCCCCAAAUUCAAUGGAAAACAAUUACAACCCUAAUUACCUCAAUAACAAUAACCAGAGCUUCAUUUCCUCCUCAUACGCCCAAUACGGCGAGGAGCUCUCCCCUCCGGAUUUCACGGCCGAUUCCUCCGGCAGUCGGAAUCUCGACGCCCAAUUCUACCUCUCCGGCGCCGGCGAGAGCUUGUUCCCUAGGGGCGCGGGCUUCCAGGGUAUGGAUAUCGGGGUGCCGUGUAAGGCGGAGCCCCAGCCCGAACUUCCCGCUGGCUUCAACAUGGCCUUCGGCCCGGCCCAUAUUAAGAGCGGGGCAAAGCCCAAGAAGAUCAGCGGCCAGCCAUCGAAGAACCUCAUGGCCGAGCGCCGCCGGAGGAAGCGCCUCAACGACCGCCUCUCUAUGCUCCGAUCAGUUGUUCCCAAGAUUAGCAAGAUGGACAGAACAUCUAUACUUGGAGACACCAUAGAUUACAUGAAGGAGCUGAUCGAACGGAUCAAUGGCUUGCAAAAAGAGAUGCAUUUGGGCACAAAUCAAUUGGCCUCAAUGACCAUUUUCAAUGAUGUCAAGCCUAAUGAGAUUGUCGUCAGAAAUUCACCCAAGUUUGAUGUGGAAAGGAGAAAUACAGACACAAGAAUCGAGAUAUGUUGUGGUGGGAAGCCUGGAUUGUUGCUGUCAACAGUGACCACAUUAGAAGCAUUAGGCCUCGAGAUUCAACAGUGUGUAAUUAGCUGCUUUAAUGAAUUCUCUCUCCAGGCUUCUUGCUCUGAGGAUUUGAAUAAAAGGGCAAUGUUAGAUUCAGAGGAUAUAAGGCAAGCAUUGCUGAGAAAUGGUGGAUAUGGGGAAAAAUGCGUGUAGCUACAGGAGCAAAGAUUAUUAGACUGACUGAAAAAACAAAAAACAAUCUUCUGUUAAUUAGUUAGGUUUUGGGGAGGAAAUGGGAAUGGGAUGGGAGAGAUUACUUUGUCUUAUUUUUCUCCUUUUUGUCUCUCUCACUCUGUUUUUCUUUCUUUUUUAUUCCUUUUCCUUAUUCAUUUUGUGGGUUAGUAUAGAUUUUGAAGUGUAAUUUUGCCAAGAAGAUUUCUCAAUGAAGUUGUGAGGAGUUUGCUUCCAUGUCGAUACCCUUUUUUGCAAUAAAGUAGAAAAAUAUAUGUGUGUAUUCGAACAAAAUAAAUGUUAAAUACAAGAUAACCCGGAACUUGUACAAGCCUUUGAGGAG